UGCGGCCCCGGCCCSGGGCUGACUCCCGCAGCUACGGCUGGGGCGGCCGAGCCGAUCGCCAUGCGGGAGGGCAGAGCCAGCCCAGGUGCGUCCAGCGGCAACGUGCGGGGAAGGUGGGAGGUCUGCCCCGAAGCCGAGGCGGCGAAGCUGCUGCCCUUCCUGGCGCCUGGCGCGCGGGCGGACCUGCAGGCCGCAGCAGUGCAGCACGUGCUGGCGCUGACCGGCGCGGAGUCGGGCCGCCAGCUGCUGGCUGGGCAGCAGGCGCUGCUGCAGGCGCUGAGUGAGCUGGCGGCGGCUCCGGCCCCUGCCCCAGCCCGCGACGCCGCCCGCGCGCUUGUGAACUUGGCUGCGGACCCCAGCCUGCACGAGCCGCUUCUGGCAGCCGACCCCGGGCUGCCGGCUCGUCUGUUGGGUCGUGCGUUGGACCCACAGUGGCCCUGGGCGGAAGAGGCGGCUGCCACGCUGGCCAACCUCAGUCGCGAGCCUGCGCCGUGUGCCGCGCUGAUGGCGGCACUGGCAGCAGUCGAGCCAGGGCAGUCGAGCUUGGAGCGGUUGGUGUGUGCACUCUGCACGCGCGGCUACAACGCGCACGCGCCCCUACAUUACCUGGGGCCGUUGCUCUCCAACCUUAGCCAGCGGCCUGCCGCACGUGCCUUCCUGCUGGACCCUGACAGGUGCGUGGUCCAGCGGCUGCUGCCCCUUAUCCAGCGUUCAGACUCCUCAGUGCGCAGGGGAGGGGUGGUAGGGACGCUGCGGAAUUGCUGCUUUGAGCACCGACACCAUGAGUGGUUGCUUGGGCCUGAAGUCGACAUUCUUCCCUUCUUGCUACUGCCUCUGGCUGGGCCUGAGGAUUUUUCGGAGGAAGAGAUGAACCGGUUGCCUGUUGACCUGCAGUACCUGCCGCCAGAGAAGCAGCGUGAACCUGAUGCUGACAUCCGCAAGAUGCUCAUUGAAGCCAUCAUGCUGCUGACAGCCACUGCACCUGGGCGGCAGCAGGUGCGGGACCAGGGAACCUACCUGAUCCUUCGAGAGCUGCAUAGCUGGGAACCAGAGCCUGAUGUGCGGUUGGCUUGUGAAAAGCUCAUCCAGGUGCUAAUUGGAGAUGAGCCAGAAUGUGGCAUGGAAAACCUGCUGGAGGUGCAGGUGCCUGAGGAUGUGGAACGACAGCUGCAGCAGCUGGACCGCGAGCAGCAGCAGCUGGACCAGGAGCAGCAGCAGCUGGACCGGGAGCAGCAGCAGCAGGACUGCGAGCAGCAGAAGCUGGCCCAAGAGUCAAGGGUGGAAGGGACUGCACCUACCUGAGGUCCCUUCAGCAUGGCAGUCCAGAGUCACCUUUGUCAGACUUGCUAGACCAGACCUGCCUACAGGCCUUCAAAUCCCCUGKGCCCUGCUGAGAAGCAGACCUAUACUUAGGCUAGAGUGAAUGCUCAGUAAAUGUUGGAGGGUUGAGGACACUUCCCAACCCUGUGUCUCCUGUUGAUACCGAUAAGAAUAAAGGUUGAGCCAAAGCCCGCCAGGCCCUGUGCCACAACUGCCUUCACAUGAGGCAGAGAGGUGGGCCAGKGGAGCCAURAGGAACCUGUUCUCAGGCAAAGUGGUGGACUGGACAGAAAGCAUUGCA